AGUGAUUGAUGCAGUAUACUGCAAAGCAGAAGAAUAGUCCGUUAUUCAUGCCUGGAACAAGCUGAGAUGGUGUUUGUGUAUGACCAAGCCGAUGGGAAUGGUCGAGGAACAGUGUGGCCAUAGCAAAACAAGUACCCUCACAGACACCAACCAUAUCACACAACAUUUCAAACUUUUUUUGGAGAUUGGUCCUUUCAGACACAUGCAGGGAAGCGGCGGGCUGUGUGUAGACCAGAUAUGGAGCUUGUACUAGGGUCACCUCUAUAUCCUGUAGAACCUGGUCCUCCAAAUCUGAUGUACGCCUCCUUGCACGUUCGUCCGUUCUCAAAAGGACCCAGGAUCACACAAACCCCCAAAAAGGACUUGAAAUGUUGUGUGAGGUAGUUGGAGUAUGUCAGGGUACUUAAAUUGGAGUAUGUCAGGGUACUUGUUUUGAUAUAACCGUGCUGCCUCUCGACUGUCUGCAUCCACUUGGCCGUAUACAAACAUCAUUUCGGCUUGUUCCCGAUGUGAAUACCGCACCAUUCUGCUGUUUACGGUUCGUUGCGUCAGUCAUACACCCUGAAAUACACAAUGAAUACACGGCAGUUGGUCAGAGGAACUGUCAUUCGUCAGCGUCAUCUACUCUGGCAAUGAUACCGUACAUUUCUAGACACAAGUUCAUAGGAUCUUCUCUCCUCCUUUUCCUGUCAGGAAUACGUCCUUGCAGUUUGUCGUUUUUAUUAAUGACGUAACAAGGUUUUUGUGUGUAAAAAUUUCAUCUUAUUUCAGUAUCUAAGUCUUUUACGCAAAGGACUGAGUACUGCUUAGAUGUAGCACACAUAUCAGUCUAGGGAAGUAGGUGCAAAUGUUGUAACGAGGAAAAUUAAUUUGAGCUGCAUGAGAAAUUGCAGGCUGGAAUUUAAUUCAAUGUAAAGUGAAAGUAUAGCUACCUUUUGAUGCAGACCUCCUAACGUAAAUACAAGUGAAUAACUCACCAGCCUUGCCCUAGGAUGUGCUGAAUUACGAAAACCAACAGAAACCAUAGAUUUAGUACCGUUGGUUAUUUCAUUCUUUGACAAAUGACAACUUCUCCGCAGUCUGCUUUUGCCGGCGGGCCGUGACAGGUGCUUAUUAGCAGUUCUCAUUGGGACAGUGCUUGUAACGAGUCAUAUGAGUUAUAAACAUGUACCUAACACCCAGAUCUUCGAAACUUCCACAGUUAUCAUUUUUCAACAGUUUAGAAAAUGCAAUGACAGAAAGACCUCUAAAGGAAGGGCAGCGUGUGGAGGUAACGGGUAAAGAUGUGAAAGGUGUAGUUGCAUACGUCGGAACAACCCUUUUUUCUAGUGGAAAGUGGAUUGGUGUAAUACUGGAUGAACCCAAAGGAAAGAACAAUGGUACUGUGCAAGGAAGAACGUAUUUCCAGUGCAAGGACAACCAUGGCAUGUUUGUGCGGCAGUCGCAGCUUACACUUCUGGAUGAAAGUGGUGCACCUGUCAAAGAUUAUGGGAGUACAUCAAGUACAUCUACUGCAACAACACCAGAUGAUAAUGCAAAGACACGUCCGAGACUCAGCAGUUCUCGCCUGUCCUUGGCGAGUUCUCGCAGUCAGAGUGAAUUUGCUAAAGAAGACUCUCCAUCGAGCUCUGGCAAGGACACAGGGACGCCAUCUGCAUCAGAACCUACUUCAAAGAGGGCAUCAUUUAUUGAGAAACCUACUGCAUCUUCCAAACAGGGCGUCACAAGCCCAGAAUCUGUACCUUUGAAGCAGAGUUCUCAAAGACCUCGAAGCUUGGCAGGGAGUAGCAUUGGGGAGGAUCAAACUGGUUUUGUAGAGACUUUAAAACCGCAAUACACGCCAGGUCCAGCAAUGAUUUCACCUGGGGCAAUGAGCUCAUCCAUUGGAACGGUUGAGGAACGUUUAACAAAUUUGCAACAGCAGCAGGAAAUUGACAAUUUGCAAACAGAAGUACGUGAUCUGCAGGAGAAGCUGGAGACUUUGAAACUUAAACGUCUGCAAGAUGCAGAGAAAUUGAAGGAACAUGAGAAAGUAAAACUUCAGUUAGAGCAAUUACUGGAAUUCAAGGCUCGUAUCAUGGAAUCCCAGGCAAUGCUGCAGAGGGACUUGCAAAGAGCCAAACAGGAAGCUCGAGAAGCUGUUGAGGCCAGAGAAGCUCAUGCAGAAGAGAUGGCUGAUCUUGCUGAAACUGUUGAAAUGGCUACUCUUGACAAAGAGAUGGCUGAGGAAAAGGCUGAAACUCUACAGUUGGAACUGGAACAGGCAAAAGAAAAGAUAGAAGAAAUGACACUGGAUCUGGAAAUACUAAAGGCUGAGAUGUCAGAGAGAUCUGGUGGUGAAGAGGGUGGCAAGUCCUCUUAUGAAGUGAAACAGCUGGAACAGCAGAAUCUGAGGCUUAGGGAAACACUUGUCAGGAUGCGUGAUCUGUCUGCCCAUGAAAAACAUGAAUUUCAAAAGCUGCAGAAAGAAUUUGAGCAAAAGAAAUCGGAAGUCGCAGAAUUAGCUCGUACCAAAGAAAAAUUGAGUUCCAGAAUAGAAGAAAUGGAAAAUCAAGUUGCAGAUCUUCAAGAGCAGGUGGAUGCAGCACUGGGGGCAGAGGAAAUGGUGCAACAGCUUGUAGAUGCAAAGAUGAAUCUUGAAGAAAAGGUAAAGGAACUACAGGAAGCAGUUGCUGACUUGGAAGAGUUACAGGACAUGAAUGAGCAGUUGCAAGAAAACAGCAGGGAAGUGGAAGUAGAACUGAGAGAAGAACUGGACUUAGCUCGUGCUGCAACUCGAGAGGCCAUUCGAGAAAAAGAGGCUGCAUUUGAAACAAUUGCUGAUCGUGAACAAACAAUAAUUAAAUUCAGGGAACUUGUAAAACGACAGCAUGAACAGUGCGUGGAAUUACAACAAAGACUGGAACGUGAAUCCAGCAAACCUGUAACAGCAAUGCCUGAAAUUCUUGACUUUAAGAAAAUGUUUACAGAGACAAAAGCUCAUACGAAAGCAAUUGAUCUGGAACUUCGUCAGAUGGAUGUUCAACAGUCAAGUCAGCAUGUCAAAUAUCUCGCUGCAUACAUGCCCGAUACAUUCAUGAAUCGAGGAGGUGAUCAUGAUGCAGUUUUAGUGCUACUGCUUGUCCCACGUAUGCUUUGGAAGGCAGAUAUAUUACUAUCUCAAGUUCGUGACAAAUUUCCAAAUGUGGAAAAGAUUGAUCGAGCAGCUAUCCUAAAAGGUCACACUGUUGAACAGUUUUCCUUCAAAUCAAGAUUCAGCCACUUCGUGCAUUCACUCCAGAUGAUACUUCAUCAGUUCACAUACAGUCUCAAUGCUUGCUCUCCAGAAACAUUCCUGAAAGUAGGAACAGCAUAUCCUGAAAUGGCUGCACAAGAAAAAGCUGUAGAUGCAUUUGUUGAUCUCUUACGUCGAGAUCAGUUAGAUGAAAAUGUCAUGCUUGACGCUCUUGAGAAAUGUGUAACAUUCUUCAGCACAAUGUUCCCUGUGCUCUUGGGGGAUGAGAUGAAAAGUAACCAGACAAAUCUCCUAGCCGAUGCUGGCAAAGCCUUAUCAAGUGCCUGUGAUGCAAUUCUGACAGAUGCCACUUCAAUAAAAACUCUUAUGGAGAGUGGACAAGAAACAGGAGAAAUGAAUCUUCUGUUGCAACACCUGAGUUCAACAUCUGAGAAUGUGCUGCAACUUUUGAAACAGAUUAGACGACGCUUACCACAGGAUCAUGCUUUGUCAAAACUAGGCUUCUCAGAUGAAAUUGCUGUUACUCUCAUGCACUGUUGUCAGCACGCAACACGUAUCUGCAAGGUUUUGCAGCAGGUGCUGAAGGGUGCAAUUCAGCAAAUAGCCAUCAGUGGAGAACCUGAUUUUGGUGUCCCACACGAAAAAAUAAGAGAAUUUGCAUAUGUUGCAAUUGAUUCCGUUUAUGAAGAUGAUCGGGGGCCAAUUGAGAGUAUGAAGGCAUCUAUGGGACUAAUAUCAGGAGAAGUAGCAAAACUGAAUAAGGUUCUGCAGGACAAUGAGUAUGAGCUUGCAGUAAGUUCUGGGGCAGAAGAAAAGCCUGUCCCACCUAUUGUACUGAGGGCACAAGCAAUAAAAAAAGAACUGGAGGAAACUAAAAAUCUAAAGCAUAAACUAGAGGCUAGAGAUGCAGAUAUAAAAGAACUGAAGAAAGCACUAAAACUGAAACAAGAGGAAUUUAGUGAAAUGAGUGUUCGAAAAGAAUUUGCAGAGAAGAAAUUAGGAAAUUCUUCCAAAGAAUAUGAAAUGACAAUUGAAAAGCUGCAGAGAAAAUUAGAUGAUUUUCAACAACUUCUGAAACGAAAGGAGAAGGAACAUGAAGCAUCAAUGGACCAUUUACAAGCAGAUAUAGAUUCACUAGAGACUGAACGGCGUGAGUUAAAAGACAAAUUGAAGAGCUUGAACAAGAAAGCUAUUAAUGAGGGAUUUCCAAGGAAAACAGCAGUUGCAACUCAGGAACACUCACUCAUGGGUCCUAUUAGCAUCAUAUCAAGUGCUGGAGCUGGUGGAAACGAGUUACUUCUUCAGGAACAGAUUCAGAGUCUUCGCCGUGCCCUGUCAGUUGCCUUAGAAGAGAAGUGGAAGCUAGAAGCAGCCAUCAAAUAUAAGCGCUUUUUGGACAUGAAGCCUCUCAAGGUGCCUAAGAGGGUAACAACAGCUAGUCUUAUGGAGAAGGUGAGGGAGAAAGAAGCAGAUAAUUGGUCACUGAAGACAGCUGAAUCAAUACUUAAAAAGGCAGUUGAGCUGCAAAAGGAGAUAUAUACUGCUUUAGCAACACCAAAAGUAGUGGAUAUCAGUAAAAGAUUUCCAGGCAGCAAAGAGUGGUUGGAUCAUAAUGCUCCUGCUAAACAUUUGGCAAAUGAAGCUGCCCGUUUGAAACAUCUUCGUGAAAAAGUCGCACAGUUGGAGUCUGAAGCUGCAAAGUUCCUUGUGAAGCGUAAGACAGGUGGCAAAAUAGAAGCAGAUUUCGCGGUGUUUCCAACAGUUGAAAUGAAGAAAGCUCUCGAGGAGACGCGGCCAGUAGUAAUCGGAAAACUGAAACUACCCAGAGACAAACAGCUUGAUAAAGAUGUCCCAGAUAAGAUCUCACUUUUCUUAAGUGAUGAUCAAUUGAAGCUUCUGCACAAGAAGUUGCUAAUUCCAUUAGGUGUUUGUUAGCGCACUAAGCACAAAGUACUUACAUGGAAGUAAACUGAGCUUUAUUGCUUUCUGUAAAUAAGAUUUUUAAAUUGAUUGUGGCCUCUAUCAAUUUAAUAACUUAACUUAUUUAUUUAAACUAGCAUUUAUUGCAAAAGUUCAACAAGUGGAAGUAUAAAGUAUGAAACUUUAUUGAAAAUAGAUUAAUCUAUUAAAGUGAGUUGUGACAAGGAUACCAGAAAACUCAGGAGUACUGCAUUUCAGUAGUAGAAUGAGAGAACAUGUUGUGGGAAGUUGGCAGGUGGAAAGGUUGUAGUGGGAGAACAGGUCAGCUAGAAUACAUAUUUAACACUGUUGCCUGUGAUACAGUAUCUUUCUACUUUGUGUUUCAAUGACUACAACUUUUUUCUUCUCUUUGUGAAACUGUUCAGAAUGGUUUUAAAAAAUAUGGAGUCCAGAAAGCAAUAACAGCACUAUGAGGAGGACAUUGCUGCUCACCAUAUGGAGGAGCUGUUGAGGCGCGUAUGGACAUCAUGAAAAAUCCUGUUAAUAUUUAAGCUUUUGGAGUGAAAAGUCCUUCGUCUGAAAAAGGACACACACAUGGCCACAACUCACACACACAUGGCCACUGUGUGUGUGUGUGUGUGUGUGUGUGUGUGUGUGUGUGUGUGUGUGUGUGUGUGUGUGUCCUAUUUUGGAAGACUUACUUCUUUGUUUGAAAGCUUAGAUACUUAGCAGUCUCUUUCAUUGUGCCUGUCUGUGAUUGAAUGAUUCCUCUAUAUGGUGAGUAGUAAUCUGUCCUUUACGUAUUGUUGUUCCGAGUGGUUUCAUUUACUUAACUCCUUAUAUUCCUAUUUUCCUUGUGGAAACUCAGGAUUGUGUAUUUUUAACUGUAGUUUUUUAACAUUAUUUGGAUGUGACACAUUAAUUUUUGUCUGUUGUUUUUAUAAGUGAAAUCAAAUGUUUGAAGAUUAUGUAGUAGUGUACAAAGAAUUAAUUGGAGAUAUUUUCAUUCAGGGCUGAGGAUGGGAAGAGAAUUUCAGGAAUUGAUUCCACUUAGCAAUUACUGUGAUGGUAAAGAUUAUAGUACAUAGCAAAAAGUUAAUUUUAUUACAUCUUUUGUUUGCUUACUAUGCUACACAUUUUAUAAAGAUCAUUACCUCUGCUCUUAUCUGAAGUCUUUCACAGGCAUAAAAAUUAGUAAAAUAUUUUUACAAAUUUGUAUUGCUCAUUGUUUCAUUGAGCUGCAGACUAUGAAUAUUUAUGGUUUCAGAAUUUAAGAACGGAAUACCUAAUCUUCUGUGUCAAAAUCUAUAUAUGAAUAUUUUUAAAGAUGUCUUUAUAAUAUAGUGUUUUUCACCAAGGGAAGCACAUUGGAGGAAAACUGCAAAAAAAAAAACACACUGAUCAACAGAAGUGUAAAUAUUUUCAACUGUUUUCCACUUUUAUAGAGAAAUUUUGAGAAGUGAAACAUGUCAGUAUUGAGCAAUAUUAAUAUUUCACAUUUAAUCAAACAAUGGAAAAUCCAGGAUGGAUUUCACAUUUAAUGUAUAUUUCAGUAGUUGACUUGCUUUUUCAGGAGGAGUGGAGGGAGGUAUCUGUCUUUGAGAAAUUAAUUUGGUUUGUUUUUGUCAGACAUGAAGUACUUCUGGUUCCUCAUGAAAAACAGAGGUCAGACUAUGAAGAAUUUGUGUGUGAUCAUAACUAGAAACUUACAAUUUCUAAACAGUUGCAUUUAAGAUGCAACAGGUGAUAUUAUUAUUAACAACUCUGUUCAUGUACAUAUUUGUGAAUAAUUCAGAUACCUGUUUCAUGCUAAAAACUGAUAAGUCAUGAAGGAAAGACUAGUGAAAUAAAUAAAGGGCUAAAUGCAAAUUGGGAAAUAGGUUUAAUAAUUUUUUUCUGGUGUAGAACAAUCUCUACAGUGCAGGUAUAGAAUUUGGUAUUUGUCAACACUAGAUUUUUGUGAAACGCAUGUAAGAGGAGAAGUAGCAUUUUUGGGUACUUAAGUUAAUGCCAGUAGAAAGAAAAUUGUAAAUGAUAUUUGAGCAACAUUGGUGGUACACAGUUGUUUGCAGACCAUCAUCAAUAUACUAUAGCUCACAGUAAGUUUUUGCUUAGAAAUGUGAUAUUUGGUGCUUCAGAGGCUAAUACAAAGUAGAACCAGUCAGUCAGUAUUCUUACUUGUUCUCUUUUCUCUCAUAUUUUCAUUUUGUCACACUGCUCAUAUUGUAUCUCAAAUAAUUCCAGAAUGGAAUGCAGUUCUUCCAGGUGGAGGUGAGCUUCUGCAAUGUUCACCACAUGCUUACACACAAUAAUAUUGACAUCUUAACUUGCUGCAUGAGAUAAAUAAGAUGGCUAUUUGUAACAGUCUUUUGCAGGAAACAGGCCACAUAAUUUUACAUGUAGUUUCCUUGGUUGUGGAAGUUACUUGAUGGGCACUGUGUGACAGUGAUAAAUUGUAACUUGGGAAACUGGUCACAUGAGUGCUCUAUGAGUAACAUAGGAGGCUCACUGAAACUGUACCAAGAAGAAUCAGUUUACUAGAUUUCAUAAUUAUACAAAACACUGAUUGUUUAAGGUAUAGGUUGGACAGAAAAGAAAACUCUUCUGGUAUGUGAUAACAUGUGUUUCUGUUAUAUUUUUAUAUUCUGCAGUAUUGCUUGUAUAAUAGAAGAUUUUAUAUAAAAAAAAUGUGGUUGGUAACAGAGAAUUUAUUUAAAACUUUUGUGCCUACCACUAAGAUUUAAAGUUCCCUCUUAUAAAAUUUUGAUUAUUCCCAGCUUUGGGAAAAAUGGUUAUUUGUUGAACAAUAAUUCACCUCUUUCUUCAGUCAUAUGGAACUGAUAGAGCUGUUGUAAAUUCUGUAAAAUAAGAAAAGGUGCCUCAGACUGUUAAAUGUAUACAUAUGCUUAUAUGAUUUUUCCCACAGUAUUAAUACAGUCAAAUAAAUAUAUGCUUGACUAA